GAAACCCUUAGAUGAUGUUUUAAUGACCAAAAGAUUACCUAUACCAGUAGUUCCAAUUGCCAAUCUUCGGAUCAAUGUUAGCCUGUUAUGCAGAAAAAAAGAAAAUGCAAAAGGCAACGACAAUGUACAGGUUUUUAACUUAAAGCUAAUUUUAUGCAAUUUAAAUUGUUUUCCUUUGUUGUAGGAAUAUGUCCUCUCGCGUACGUGUGUUAACAUUUCCUUUUUGUUAGAGUGUGAGGUGCUAGGAGAUGUUUAUUAAAGUCUUACAGACCCAAAUAAAAACAUGAGAACCUUAUAUUGUCUAAGGGAACGUCGGGGGGAGUGGCAGGGCUGAUCUGCAAAAUCCAAACAUCCAUGAAUUACGACCAAUCCAAACCGAACUACAGACAAGUACUCGAGAAGACUACCUACCUCAGCAUGCACUGCGAACUCCUUCAAAGGGACUACAGAUCCAGGCAUGCAACAUGACCAUCAACCUGUGUCUCUGGCUGUUUAAUCUAGGGAGACCACAAAUCCCAGGGUACUGUGCAUUGGAAAUGCGACUCCCAGUCUUAAACUAGGCGGGCAACAAAGCAAGCUAGAUCGCUAACCCAGGCGCAAAGCUUGCUGGGGAUUGUAGUUCUUCAGAGGCGGGGUCGGGCCGCUCCCUCGCCGCCCUGAACCGGCCGCUAGACUGCGCAUGCGUGUCAGUGGCGCUAGCGGCGGACCCGGCUGGGCAGUUCCUUCCCCAGCAGGAGAGAUUCCUCUGCCAUGGAGUCCUACGAUGUGAUCGCCAACCAGCCUGUCGUGAUCGACAACGGAUCCGGUGUGAUUAAAGCUGGUUUUGCUGGUGAUCAGAUCCCCAAAUACUGCUUUCCAAACUAUGUGGGCCGACCCAAGCACGUCCGUGUCAUGGCAGGAGCCCUUGAAGGCGACAUCUUCAUUGGUCCCAAAGCUGAGGAGCACCGAGGGCUGCUUUCAAUCCGCUAUCCCAUGGAGCAUGGCAUCGUCAAGGAUUGGAACGACAUGGAACGCAUUUGGCAAUAUGUCUAUUCUAAGGACCAGCUGCAGACUUUCUCAGAGGAGCAUCCUGUGCUCCUGACUGAGGCGCCUUUAAACCCACGAAAAAACCGGGAACGAGCUGCCGAAGUUUUCUUCGAGACCUUCAAUGUGCCCGCUCUUUUCAUCUCCAUGCAAGCUGUACUCAGCCUUUAUGCUACAGGCAGGACCACAGGGGUGGUGCUGGAUUCUGGGGAUGGAGUCACCCAUGCUGUGCCCAUCUAUGAGGGCUUUGCCAUGCCCCACUCCAUCAUGCGCAUCGACAUCGCGGGCCGGGACGUCUCUCGCUUCCUGCGCCUCUACCUGCGUAAGGAGGGCUACGACUUCCACUCAUCCUCUGAGUUUGAGAUUGUCAAGGCCAUAAAAGAAAGAGCCUGCUACCUAUCCAUAAACCCCCAAAAGGAUGAGACGCUAGAGACAGAGAAAGCUCAGUACUACCUGCCUGAUGGCAGCACCAUUGAGAUUGGUCCUUCCCGAUUCCGGGCCCCUGAGUUGCUCUUCAGGCCAGAUUUGAUUGGAGAGGAGAGUGAAGGCAUCCACGAGGUCCUGGUGUUCGCCAUUCAGAAGUCAGACAUGGACCUGCGGCGCACGCUUUUCUCCAACAUUGUCCUCUCAGGAGGCUCUACCCUGUUCAAAGGUUUUGGUGACAGGCUCCUGAGUGAAGUGAAGAAACUAGCUCCAAAAGAUGUGAAGAUCAGGAUAUCUGCACCUCAGGAGAGACUGUAUUCCACGUGGAUUGGGGGCUCCAUCCUUGCCUCCCUGGACACCUUUAAGAAGAUGUGGGUCUCCAAAAAGGAAUAUGAGGAAGACGGUGCCCGAUCCAUCCACAGAAAAACCUUCUAAUAUCGGGACAUCAUCUUCACCUCUCUCUGAAGUUAACUCCACUUUAAAACUCGCUUUCUUGAGUCGGAGUGUUUGCGAGGAACUGCCUGUGUGUGAGUGCGUGUGUGGAUAUGAGUGUGUGCGCACAUGCGAGUGCCGUGUGGCCCUGGGACCCUGGGCCCAGAAAGGAUGAUGAACUACCCGCAGUGGUGAUGGCCUGAGGCCUGGGGUUGACCACUAACUGGCUCCUGACAGGGAAGAGCGCUGGCAGAGGCUGUGCUCCCUCCUCAGGUGGCCUCUGGCUGGCUGUGGGGGACUCCGUUUACUACCACAGGGAGACAGAGGGAGGUAAGCCAUCCCCCAGGAGACCUUGCUGCUGACCAUCCUAGGCUGGGCUGACCCGACCCUCACCCCCACCCCCAGGGUGCCCUGAGGCCCCAGGCAGCUGCUGCCUCCACUAUCGAUGCCUCCUGACUGCACACUGAGGACUGGGACUGGGGUUGAGUUCUGUCUGGUUUUGUUGCCAUUUUGGUUUGGAAGGCUGGAAAAGCACCCCAAGAGCUAUUACAGAGACUGGAGUCAGGAGAGAGCAGGAGGCCCUCAUGUUCACCAGGGAACAGGACCACACUGGCCACUGGAGAAGGGCAGGAGCAGUCCUCCCUCUGAAUGGCUGCAGAGUGAAUGUUCCCAGCCCAGUCCCCUUUCGGGGGCCUUGGGAGAGUUUAAGGCACCUGCUGGUUCCAGGUCCUCGCUUUCCAUCUGUUCUUGUUGCAAUGCCAUCUUCAAACCGUUUUAUUUAUUGAAGUGUUUGUUCAGUUAGGGGCUGGAGAGAGGGAGCUUGCUGCCUCCUGCCUUGCUACACUAAUGUUUACAGCACCUAAGCUUAGCCUCCAGGGCCCCACCUCUCCCAGCUGAUGGUGAGCUGACAGUGUCCACAGGUUGCAGGACCAUUUGAGAUUGGAAGCUACACUCAAAGACACUCCCACCAGGCUCUUUCUCCCUUUUCCUCUUGCUCACUCCCCUGGAAUCAACAGGCUGGUUGCUGGUUAGAUUUUCUGAAACAGGAGGUAAAAUUUUUCUUUGGCAGAGGCCCCUAAGCAAGGGAGGGGUGUUGGAGAGCCAGUGCCCUUAAGACUGGAGAAAGCUGCAAUUUACCAAGUUGCCUUUUGCCACUGUAGCUGACCAGGGGACUAGGUUGUAGAGGUGGGAAGGCCCCCUCUGGGCUGAUCUUGUGCCAUUCUUGACCUUGGACCUGCUUGGUUAAGGAGGGAGUGGGCCAGACCAGAGUGCCAGGAGCUAAUGGAGCCAGGCCUGACUCCUAGGAGUGGUCCAAAGGCCUUCAGCCUAGAUGGUGCAAAGCUGGGGCCAGCCUGUCUUCACCGGCACCCUCACCUGUGACACCAAGACCCACCCCAAUCCCAGACUUCACACAGUAUUCUCCCCCACGCCAUCCUAUGACCAAAGGCCCCUGCCAGGUGUGGGCCACAGCAGCAGGUAUGUGUGAAAGCAACGUAGCGCCCCGCGGACUGCAGUGCACUUAACCAACUCACCUCCCUUCUCUUAGCCCAAGCCUGUCCCUCGCACAGCCUCACACAAACCACAUUGCCUGGUGGGGCCCAGUGUACUGAAAUAAAGUCGUUCCGAUAGACACAUCA